AGCCUGCUUUGAAAAGCUUUUUCUCCAUUUUUUUCUUUCGGCUUUCAUUCCGUGCAACGUACAAAGAAUGAGUUUCAUAUGUUUUGCUUCUACGAGGGCGUCGUCUCGCCUUGCGGCUGCUUUGCUGUUGUGCGUGCUGUUGGUCGCUGCAGCUGCGGUUUCCGCAGAACCCGACGACCUGCCCGUUCCAGGCUGGGACAACACCUGCAAAUCCCCUUUUGGGGUAUGCGCCAAGGUCGAGACGUAUCAAUACUGGGGCGAGAAGCCCAGGGAUCGACUGACCUUUGCGGUCAACGGGCUCAUGAAGGACCCCCGAAACAAAGACGUACUGACGGUGUGGCUCCUCAUGGACGACCCGGAUGUGGAGUUUGCGAAGGAGUUGGCCCGGUCUGACAUCAACGUGGUCGUGGUCUACCCACGCGGCACAAAGCUAUCCACUACCUACUACGCCUGUGCCGAGACGAAGGGGUCGUUCAACGACGCGUGCUGGAUGGACGAAAAGUGUGCCGCUGACCUGGCUGCCCGCACCGCGAAGAGGGAUAACCUCUUCAAUGCCUCGCACUUCUCCGCUGACCAAGUUGCGCACGACGUGGAGUGGCUCAUCCGCACCCUCGGGGACGGACGAAGGAACGUGGUGCUGACGCAGGGCCUGAGCAGUGUAUUUGCGCUGCGCCUCCUGCAGCUGCACAAAGACAUCCCUGUCGGGGUCAUCAUGAUGGACUACGCGCACCCGCUGCUCUUCGACACCUACGGCUACCUGGGAGGCAUGGGACACGACGUGGCGUUGCAGCAUUUGCUGGCUCUGUGCGACGACGAUGUCAGCUGCGUGGGCCGCCUCGGCGCGGUGGAAGGCUCGUGGGCUCGCCUGCAGACCCUCCUGGCGUUGGCGAAGAGCAACAAGCUUACCUGUGCGAAGCGGCUCAACUGGGGCAGCAGCAGAAUCUGGGGCUCCUCGUUUGCGGAGCAGUUCCGCGCUGUCCUGGAGCUCAUGCUGCGAUACCCCGCCUACCCGUUCCUCUCCAGCAAGAACGAGCUCAUGAGCCUCAUCCCCUCGAUGCUGUAUCGCCUGCAGCGCUGCUCCGACAAGGACGUCAGCGCCCUCAACGCGCUCUACCGGUACGUGACGGCGGGGAAAGGCUUUACCUGCCCAGAGGACUUGUACGUGCAGACACACUGGCUGGUGAACGAAUUCCUUCAGGCCCCGCCGCCGAAGAACGUCAAGAAGUACUGGACGGGGGAGGCGAACCGGCGCGUCGUCGUGCCGGCCGCGAGCAACAUCGACGCCUUCCACACCGCGGCCGUGAAGUUCUCCGCCGUGCCGCGCACCGCCGCGUCGGAGACGCUGCCCGUCAACGCCACCCAAAAGGUGCUCUUCAUCAGCGCCGACGUCGACCCGCUGACCCCGCGCGGUGCCGCCAGCCAAGCCGCGCUCGCCUUCCGUCAGUUCGGCUCCACUGCGAAGGCCCUGCAACUGCGCGGGAUUGCCAACCAGCCCGCUGCCAUUCUCACGCCGUGCAUAAUUACGAACCUUAAGUUUUACAAGGCGCACGCCGAAUGGGCGGAACCGGACCAGUGCACCCUCGAUGCCUCGAAGAAGCUUGAUUUUAUGAAUGGACCAACGAAGGAGUUCUACGGCGUGGAUGACGCGUGGGACUAUGACCUGCCCAACAGCGACGACGGCUCCAGCCGCGGCGGCGGCGACGGCGACGGUGGCCACACCAGCGUUAUCAAGAGCGUAUUUCGCUUCUUGCUGAUUCUUGUCAUCCUUGCGGCUCUCGGCGCUGCCGCGUAUUAUGCCUACAACUACGUGAAAGACCGCGGCAUCCGCUUCCACCGUGUGAGUGACAACUUCUACGACAACCUGCACAACUAA